CGGCCGGUUAAUGGUUCCUACUGAUCCUAAAAAGCCGCUGUUAUGCCCAGGCCUGUCAGUGCUGUGAUUAAGAAGAUCGUGCAUUUAGCCCUAUAUGAUGAACAAGAGACAACUCUUUCCAUAUCAGAACAAGAAAAUUGUGGAUUAUUCACAGAAAGAAGACUUUGAUGAUGAUGAAGAUUUUGCGUGUAUGUCUGCUCCUCCAAGUAAAAAGCCUCGUCUAAAAGUUGAUGAGAAACAAAAAAAGGGGAAAAGUGUUAAAAGAGACAGUCAAGAGGCAAAAGUCAAGAAGGAACUGCCUAACGAAAGACUACCACUUGAUGAAAAAGUUUACCAAAGAAACUUAAAGACUGCAUUAAUCAUAUCAGCACAAGAGUCCACUUGUGAAGCAAAUGAAUCAGCUGAAACAACAAAUACAGAUACAUCAUUACACUCUAACUGCAAUGAGAGUAGCAACUUUCCUGACAAAACUACUGUUGAAAAUGAAGGACCCUCAGUACGACCUAGACAAAGACAGGCAGCAUCUGGAGCAGUGUUAAAACAGAGGAAGAUUCUUCUUGAUGAUAGAGGCAGUGAUGGUGAAUGUGAAAAGGAAUCUGGAAGUGAACAAGACUACAUGACAGCUGAAGAAUCAGAAAGCAAUGGAAGUAACACAGAUAUGGAUGAGGAAUUUACUUUCAAAAAUACAUCAAAUAAAAACAAGAAAAAAAAUACAAUCAAAGUACAAACAAAGACAAAAGAGAAAAAAUGUCUCAAAUCAAACAGCAAAGAUACAGCUCUGGUUCCUGAAAAAAGCAAACCAUCAAUGUUGACAGAAAUAUCAUUUUCUCCAACAUCCCCCAUAGCAUCACAAGCAUCAAGUCCUUCAGCUGGAUUAAGAAAGCCAAAAUGGACUCCACCAGCCUCAAAAGAAAACAGCAAUGCACCACUGGACAGAGUUUUUGUCAAAAGCCCGAGUCAAGGCCUUCGAUUGGGCCUUUCUCGAUUUGCCAAAGUCAAACCUUUACACCACUCUGCGGACAAUAGUUGAAGAUGGUUUUAAGUUAUUAUAAGUAAGAAAUUUAAUCUCCUGUUGCUGUAAUAGCAACAUUUUUUUUAGCCCUUAGCGUCAUAAGCCUGUUUUACCAAGUUACUGUAUUUAACUGUAUAAUUCUUUUGGAACUUUUUCACAGUUUUCCUUAUGAUAGGGAUUGGAGGAAAUCAUCUUGAUUACAGAUCGUAUUGAUAAUGUUGAGAUUGAGAUUGCACCCAUUGUGUUUCAAAAUUGGAACUUUAAGACAUUGACAAAUUGAGUACAUUUUUAAGCAUUCCAAGACCUGAAUAGAUUGGACCUGCUGUUUUUUCAUCAAUACUGAGUCCAGACUUUGCAGAAAACACACACUGUAUUUGCUGCACAGCCUAUACACUUAUUCAUAUGAUCUUGUUUAAAACCCACUCCAAAGGGAAAUUCUUUUGGGAUUAAAUCCUAUAAAUUAAGUCUGCAUAGGUUUAAUCUGGACACAAUUGGUGCAAGACCACAUCAAAAAAAUACCAGCUUUUCCAUGAUGCCCUUAAUUAAAGAGAUCAUAUGAUUGUAUAUUAUGCUGUUUUUAGAGGCUUUUCUUAUAACAUGGAUUGAAGGAUGAUUUCUUCUGUCUGGUCAGCAUAAUGAAAUUCCAAACAUGCUUUUUCUAGGCAGACUUACAACAUCUGUUUUGCAGGCAGAAAAUCUGCUAUCACCAGACCAGUCUACACAAUGACAACUUGGACUUGCUCUUGGAAAGUUUUUCCAAGUGAUUUAUCAAAGCAUGAAAACGGCUCUGAUACAAAGCUUGUCAGGACAAUAUUUAGGAAUCGUAAUGUUUAAAGACUAAAAACUGUUAAUGCUUAAUAAUUAGACAAUUGUUCAUUUGUUUAUAUGAAGAAAAUAUGAUUUAUUAAAAUUGAGCUCUCUUAAUUUCUGGGUACACCUGUCCUUCUUAAUCAUGUUAUUUUUUGGUCUCCACCUAAGAGAGUUUCAAGUUUACAACUAAAAGAACUAUUUUUUAAAAAUAAAAAUAAACUUAUCUUUGUAACAAUUGUGAAAUGAAUUGUAUUUUAAACUGCUGCAUUAAUAAUGA